AUGGCCCUAGAGAUCCACAUGCCAGAACCCUUGUGCCUCAUUGAGAACAGUGAAGAGCAGCUGGUGGUCAACCAGGAGGCCCUGGACAUCCUGUCUGGCAUCAUGCAGCCUGUCGUGGUGGUGGCUAUUGUGUGCCUCUACCACACGGGCAAAUCCUACUUAGUGAACAAGCUGGCUGGGCAGAAAAGGGGCUUUUCUGUAGGAUCCACAGUGCAGUCUCACACCAAGGGAAUCUGGAUGUUGUGUGUGCCUCAUCCUAAGAAGCCAGACCAGACCCUAGUUCUGCUUGACACUGAGGGCCUGGGAGAUGUGGAGAAGGUUGAUGAGAAGAUUGGCACCAAAAUCUUCGCACUGGCAAUCCUUCUGAGCAGCACUUUUAUUUACAACACCAUGAACAAAAUUGAACAGGGAGCUACUGACCUGCUGCACAACAUGACAGAGCUGACAGAUCUGCUCAGGACAAGAAACUCCCCUGACUUUUAUGGGAUUGAAGAUGAUGCUGACUUUGCAAGCUUCUUUCCAGACCUAGUAUGGACCUGAGAUUUCUACCUAGGCCUGGAAACAGAUGGACAUCUCAUCACAGCAGAUAAAUACCUGGAGAAUUCACUGAGGCUGAAACCAGGUAAAAAUCAAAAAAUUCAAAAUUUCAACUUGCCCCAUCUGUGUAUACAGAAAUUCUCUCCAGUAAAAAAAUGCUUUAUCUUUGAUUCACCCACUCACUGGAAGAAGCUUGCCCAGCUUGAAACACUGUAUGAUGAUGAGCUGGAUCCUGAAUUUGUGCAGCAAGUGUCAGAGUUUUGUUCCUACAUCUUCAGUCAUUCCAAGACCAAGACUCUUCCAGGAGACAUCAAAGUCAAUGGCCCUCGUCUGGAGAACCUGGUGCUAACCUACGUCAAUGCCAUCAACAGUGGGGAUCUGCCCUGCAUGGAGAAUGCAGCAGCCUUGGUCCAGGUAGAGAACACAGUUGUGGUGCAAAAGGCCAUGGACCACUAUGAGCAGAAGAUGGAUCAGAAGGUACAGUUACCCACAGAAACCCUCCAAGAGCUGCUGGACCUGCAAAGGGCCUGUGAGAGAGAGGCCAUAGAAAUCUUCAGGAAGAAUUCUUUCAAAGAUGAGGACCAAAGUUUCCAGAAAGAAUUAGAAGCUCAGCUACAUGCUAAGCAAAAUGACAUUUGUAAGCAGAACUUGGACACUUCUUCAGAUCGUUGCUCAGCCUUACUUCAGGAUAUUUUUGGUCCUCUAGAAGAAGCUGUGAAGCAGGGGAUUUAUUCUAAGCCUGGAGGUCACACCCUCUUCCUUCAUAAGACAGAAGAGUUGAAGGCAAAGUACUAUCAGCAGCCCAGGAAAGGAAUCCAGGCUGAGGAAGCUCUACAGAAAUACCUAAAGUCCAAGGAGUCUGUGAGUGAAGCGAUUCUACAGACAGACCAGGCUCUCACAACCAAGGAAAAGGAGAAGGAAGCGGAACGUGUGAGAGUGGAGGCUGCAAAGCCUGAAGUACAAAGGUUGGAGGCAAUUUGCAGGUACAAUCAGCAACAGAUGGAAGAGAAAAGGAGACUCCAUCAGCAGCAAGUGAGGCAAAUGGAGAUAAACAGAGUAAACUUUCUGGCACAGCAGCAGAGGGCCCAGGAGCAAUGGAUUCGGAAAGAAGCUGAAAGAAUCAAAGCGAUCCAUGAAGAACAGAUCAGAAGACUUCAAAAUCAGCAC